AUGACCACACACGUUGAGGGUCGCGAAUACGAUGUCAUCUUUGCUGGUGGAGGUACUGCAGCCUGUGUCGCAGCAGGUCGUCUAGCCAGAGCAGAUCCUGGUCUUUCGAUUCUUCUCGUUGAAGGUGGCAAGAACAACUACAAUGACCCCACCGUCGUGAACCCUGCCAUGUACUUGGUGCACUUGGCUCCAGGAUCUCAGACAGCAUUGUUCUACGAGGCAAACGCCGAGGAAGCUAUCAACGGUCGUAAAGCCAUUGUCCCAUGCGGUGGUAUUCUCGGAGGAGGAAGCUCAAUCAACUUCAUGAUGUACACUCGUGCACAGGGAGUAGACUUUGACGACUGGGAGACCGAAGGAUGGAGUGCGAAGGACUUGUUGCCGUUGAUGAAGAGGCUCGAAACAUACCACCUCACAGAUCCAGAUAUCGAUCAAUCGCUACACGGACACGAUGGACCAGUGCAUGUCUCACAUGGCACAUACUUCCAAGAAGAUGCAGCAGAAGACUUACUCAAGGGUGCUAUCGCGACCGGGCAUGAGGUCUGUGCCGACGCACAAGAUCUACACAAAGAUAUCAGAGGACUCAAAGGAGUUGGCGUAUUUUCUAAAUGGGCCAAAUACAUCUCUCCGGAGGGCAAACGCCAGGACGCCGCACACACCUACAUUCACCCCCUGAUGCAAUCAGGAGACUACCCCAACUUACACUUGCUGCUGGAGAGCAAGGUUACAAGAGUACUGUUCGACGAUAACAAGCGUGCCAAUGGUGUCGAAUACAUCCCAACACCCUCUACUCAGCCUGUCGGCAUGGUCAAUGCAACCGGUCCUUUCCAGGUCAAGGCAAAGAAGAUGGUCGUAGUGUCCUCCGGAGCGCUCGGAACACCAUCCGUUCUUGAGAGAUCUGGGGUAGGAAGUAAGGAAGUCUUGGAGAAGCUGGAUAUCCCCGUUGUCAGCGACAUCCCAGAUGUCGGAGAGAACUACCAGGAUCAUCAUCUCGUACUUUACCCCUACAAGACUUCGCUGAAGCCAGAGGAGACGAUCGACUGCUUCCUCAGCGGUCGCAAGGACUUCGGCGAAGCAAUUCAGAACAAUGACCCAAUGCUUGGAUGGAAUGCCAUUGACGCCUGCUCCAAGAUCAGACCCACAGACAAAGAGAUCGAAGCCAUGGGCCCGAAUUUCAAGGAGCACUGGGACAAAGACUUCAAGGACCGCCCAACUCGUCCUGUUAUGUUGACUGGAGUUGUACAAACCUUCCUCGGUGACCAGAAAGUCUUGCCUCAGCGCGAGGAUGGUGUACCACAGCAGUAUUGCACGAUGGGUGCAUACACUGCCUACCCUUACUCACGCGGAGACAUUCACAUCACUUCAAAGGACGUCUCGACACCUGCAAGCUUCAACACUGGUUUCUUCAAGGCAGAGGCCGAUGUACAGAAGCAGAUCUGGGCAUACAAGAAGCAGCGCGAAGUUUAUCGCAGGACCGACGCAUACGCCGGCGAACUUGAUAUGGGACACCCCAAGUUCCCUGAGGGCAGCAAGGCCGCAUGUCAAGAUGGUCCCGCUGCGAAGUUCUCAUCGCAGGAAGACCGCAACAACCUCCCAGAGAUUGAGUACAGUGCUGAAGAUGACAAGGCCAUCGAGGAGCAUGUGCGCAACAAUGUGAACACAACCUGGCACUCGCUCGGAACGUGUCGUAUGGCUCCUCGCGAGAAGGGAGGUGUAGUUGACGCUGACUUGAACGUCUACGGUGUUACCGGCUUGAAGCUGUGUGAUCUCUCGAUAUGUCCAGGCAACGUCGGCGCCAACACAAACAACACGGCGCUGCUUGUGGGUGAGAAGGCGGCAGACAUCUUUGCAAGAGACCUCGGACUUGGUCAAAUUGGACAACCAAUUGAGCGCGUGGACUCUGCAAUGCCUUCUCCGCCCAAGGCAAAGGCUCAGAUGGCCUAG